AGGAUGCAGUAGCCUUUGAGGAUGUUGCUGCGUUCUUCACGAAGAGCAGAGGGCUCUUUUGGAUUGGAAUCAGAGAGCUUUGGACCAGGAAGUUAUACGAAAGAAUUAUGAUGAUGUGGCUUCUUAGGAAUCCCAUUUUUCAAGCCUGAUUUGGUCUCCUGGCUUGAGCAGGACCCUUGGUUUUCAGACCAGCCCAUCUUGGAAAAAAUGGACUUUGCGUCACAGCCCAAAAAAGGAGUUAGGUUUGUCCUCGAGAACCUCAUUUUCUCACCACUUUCUGCUGAUCAGGGUUCGAAGCUAUGAGAAUCAAGAUGGAACUAGAAGAAGUGUCAUGUCGCCUCCCUCGGGGUGAUUUGGAGUCCUUCCCAGAGACCAGCUCAGAGUUUCCACUUGUCCAGCCUGAUUUGAUCUCCUGGCCUGAGCAAAAACCUGGCUUUCCAGAUCAGCUUGCCUUGGAGAAAGUAGACAUUGCAUCACAGUCCAAUCCAGGUUUUUCUGAAGUGGUGGUUAAGCUGGAACAAGAAGAGGAUCAAUGUGGCCUAUACAAGCAGGAAUCCAAGACAUUUGCAGAUAUGAGCUCAGGAUUCCCUGACCUUGUAAUAAAGGAAGAGGGAGAGGAGCUCUGCAGCCACAGGUCGGAAGAAUACCCAGGUAUUGAUCAGUCAGGCUUUCCUGAUGUUAUCGUAAAGCAAGAGGAAGAAGAGAAUUUGGGUGUUGUAAAUCACCAGGGAUCUGAAGAAAGUCCCACCAUUGCUGCAGAUCAAUCAGAUAACUGGAAGAAAAUGAAUACAUGUGCUCAGUGUUGGAUGUCUUUUUCGCAAACGUUGGGUCUUGAAAACCACCAGCAAAUCCUCAUUGGCAAGGAAAGCCAUACCAGGGAGGACACAAAGUGCAUCAUGUGUGGGAAAGAUUUUGCACAAGAGGGGGCAUUUUUGCUUCAAGAGAGUAUCCACACAGGGAAAAAAUACCGAAAAUAUGAAGCACUUUCUGGCAGUUCAGAGCUUGUGACCCCUCAGCGAAUUCACCUCGGAGAGAAACCGUUCAAAUGUCAGGAUUGUGGAAAAUCUUUUGCUUACAAUUCACAUCUUCUGAUCCACGAACGAGUCCACACGGGAGAAAAACCGUACAAAUGCAUGGAGUGCGGGAAAUGUUUUGCUAAUGGCUCAACCCUGGUCAGCCACCAAAGAAUCCACACCGGCGAGAGACCGUACAAAUGCCGGGAGUGCGAGAAGUGUUUUUCUUGUAGUUCGCACCUUGUGAUGCAUCAGCGCAUCCACACAGGGGAAAAACCAUACCAGUGCCAGGAGUGUGGCAAGUGUUUCACUUGCCAUUCGCACCUCGCGAUGCACCAGACUGUCCACACGGGAGAGAAACCAUACCAGUGCCAGGAAUGUGGGAAAUGUUUUGCUCGCAACUCGCAGCUCGCCAAGCACCAGACAGUUCACACAGGAGAAAAAGCAUACAGAUGUCAGGAGUGUGGGAAAUGCUUUGCUCAGAAUGCGCACCUGGUGGGCCAUCAGCGAGUCCACACAGGUGAGAAACCCUAUGAGUGCGAGGAAUGCGGGAAAUCCUUUGCUCGUAAUUCACAGCUCAUAAGGCAUCAGAAAAUCCACACAGGGGAGAAACCCUACCUGUGCCAGGAGUGUGGGAAAUGCUUUUGUCAGAAGACAGAGCUGGUGAAGCAUCAGAGGGUCCACACAGGGGAGAAACCAUACAGGUGCCAGGAGUGUGGGAAGUGUUUCGCUCAGAGUUCGCCACUUGUGAAGCACCAGAGAGCCCACAGAGGAGAAAAAGCCUACAAGUGCCAGGAGUGCGGGAAAUGCUUUGGUCAGAACAUACACCUUGUGAACCACCGAAGAAUCCACACUGGAGAGAAGCCCUACAAAUGCCAGCAAUGUGGGAAGUGCUUUGUUCAAAACGCACACCUUAUGAGGCACCAGCGGGUGCACACUGGAGAGAAGCCAUUUAAAUUCCCGUGUUUCGAUUACAGUUCGGACCUUGCAGACUUCCAGACAGGUUCAGACUUUGAGAACCUCCACAACGUCCAAAUGGAAGACAAUCCAAAUGAAGCACCAUCGAGCCCACAUGGGAGAGAAAUCAUGCCGUUACCAAGUGUGUUGGAAAUGUUUGGAUCAUGAGUUACAAGUCCAGAAAGGAAAAAUAAUAGAAUGGGACCAGGAAUGGGAAAUGUUUUGUU